CGCACAUGUGUGCUGUGCAGUAUAUCGUGAAUGUGUUUGAUUAGAAGGAAAAAAAAUUUAAAAAACAAGAAUAAACUUUGCGUCUGUCAACAGACCGAACCAAGAUGCUUAGUGACGGUGAAGCUAAAGAACUGCUGUCAUUUCUUACUUUGGAGAUGAGAGCUGAUGUCAAAGGUCAGGCUACGGGAUACAUCCUGGGCCUCACAGGGAAUCGGGAUGGGUGCCGGUACCUGCGGUCCAAGCCAGACUUUCUCAAAGCCUUGGUGACUCUAACCUGCGACCCCUCCAUCGCCAUUGUCAAGGACUGUUAUCAUGCCCUGAUUAACCUCUCAGCAGAUGAGACUCUUCACCAGCCUUUGGUCAAAGAGACGGACUUACUGGCCAGACUGUUCCAGAACCUCCUGGACCCGGAAUAUAUGUUUGCAGAUCGGAUUUGUACUAUUCUCAGUAACCUGAGCCGACAUGAGCGGACGUGUAGAGAUGUGUUCAACACUCUGCAGGAGCAGAAGAUCAGACUGGACAAAGUGGUGGAGAUCUUCUGCAUGGAGGGUUUCAAUAAGAAAGCUUCACUUCAUUAUCUGGGACCGCUGCUGUCCAACCUCACACAGCUGCCUGAGGCACGACACUUCAUCCUGGACAAGGACAAGUGUGUGAUUCAGAGGCUUCUGCCGUACACACAGUACGAGGAAUCGAGCACCAGGCGAGGAGGGGUGGUGGGAACACUCCGAAAUUGCUGCUUUGAGUAUGCUCAUCAUGAGUGGUUGCUCAGUGAUGCGGUGGAUAUUUUACCAUACCUUUUAUUACCAUUGGCUGGACCAGAAGAGCUCUCAGAGGAAGAGAAUGAAGGUUUGCCGGUGGACUUGCAAUACCUGCCAGAAGAUAAAAAGAGAGAAGAUGAUCCUGAUAUCCGCAAGAUGCUCUUAGAAACCUUGAUGCUCUUUACAGCUACUAAAGUGGGCCGACAGAUUAUGAAAAACAAGAACUCAUAUCCCAUCAUGAGAGAGUUUCACAAAUGGGAGAAGGAUUCUCUUGUGAUUUCAGCCUGUGAGAAACUCGUCCAGGUUUUGAUUGGAGACGAGCCGGAGGCAGGAAUGGAGAAUCUGAUGGAGGUGGAGAUUCCCAAAGACGUGGAGGAAAAACUGAAGGAACUGGAUGCCAAAGAGCAGGAACAAAUGGAAAAGGACAAACAGGAAUCCGAAAAGAAGCAAAAUGAAUCUCCAGAGGGUCUGGAGAGAUAAACAGACAUCAAAGCCAAUAAAAAAACUUUACUUCCACAAAUAGAGACUCUGUCAAGUUAAAUGUCCAGCAUCACUGAA